GUCUGAGGGACAGUGAACUGGCCCCCCGUUUAAAAAGUUUGAGGACCCCUGCUCUAGACACACAUGCCUGCCUCUGGCGUGCAGGCAGCGUGUUGAGCGUGAUUCUUGUUCCUCGUGAGGCUGCUAUGGGGAGCCCUCGUGCUGCUGCGCGGAGGUGGGCCUGCCUGAGGCCCUAAGCGAGCGUCCUGCCCUCUCCUCUCCGCUCCUCCCAGGUGCCCGUGCCCGGCUCCCGCCUGUGCCUCUGGGAGGAUGGCCGGGAGCUGACUGCAGAUGACUUCUGGAGCGUCCCCGACAACAUGGAGCUUGUGCUGCUCACCAAGGGCCAGGCCUGGCAGGGCUGAUGUUCGAAUAGUCCGUCCACGGGUGACAAGAUGCGUGAUCAUUAGCCAUCGGGGACGUGCAGACCAAACCCAGGACGUGAGUGACAUCAGUCGCUUCCUCAGCGUGUUCCACAGGCCGCAUGUGGGGGUCAUCCAGGCCGCCCGGCAGCUGCUGUUAGACGAGCAGGCGCCGCUGCGGCAGAAGCUGCUGGCCGACCUGCUGCACACGGUCAGCGAGAACAUCGCGGCCGAGACGAGGGCCGAGGACCCGCCCUGGUUCGAAGGUCUGGAGUCCCGGUUUAGGAACAAGUGCGCCUACCUGAGGUUCAGCUGUGCGAGCAGGAUCCGGACCUACCUGAGAGAGGUGGGCCCUGCACGGAGAGGGUGGGGGGACGUGGGGCUCCGUUGUGGGAGGUGAGGCCGCUCGGCUCGGGCUUCCUGGAGCUCCUGGGUCAGCAGUGGACCCCCAGCCCCGCAGUGCCUGGUGCUGCC